AUGAGUGCACAACCAACUGUUGAACAACUUCUUGCCCUAAUCCAACAAGAGAGAGAGAAGACCAAAGUUAUGGAGAAUGAAAAGACCAGGCUUAGGAAUGUUCUUACAGAUGAAAAGAAGAAGCAAGAGCACCUUCAGCAAGCUUGCUCAAAGGUAUCAAUCCAGAAAGAUCAAGCUCAAAAGGAACUUGAUAAGGUUAAAUCAAAUAAGUUGUCAUUAAGCGAAAAAGAAAGUGCUUAUGUUGAUCAAAUAGAAAUUGCCUUGGCAGAUGUUCAAUAUGGCGACAUGAGUUUGGGUGAUUUGAAUAGAUUGGCAUCUAUCUAUCUCAAUGAACUCACAAGAGUCAACUCCAUGAUUUCCAAGUUAACCAACAAUAAUAUUAACUUAUAA